AUGGGCUCUCUCACACAGUCUUCUAAGCGGAGCAUCACCGGCGAGGACAUCUCGAGUCUGAAGUCUUUGCUAUCAUCGACCAACGCCACUGUUCUCACUCCACAAGACGAAGCUUACGGUACGUCUAUAAAACGCUGGUCGAGCGCAGCUCAGAAACCAGCUGGAGUUGUGGUGGUGCCGACCAACGCAGAUGAAGUCGCCAGUGUGGUCAAGUAUGCCACUGACCAUGGCAUUGACCUAGCCGUCAAGGGUGGUGGCCAUUCGACUGCAGGUGUCAGCAGCACAGACGGCGGGCUGCUGAUUGACCUAAACUCCAAAAUGAGGCAUGUUGACGUCGAUCUGGACAAGAAAUUGUUCAUCAUCCAAGGAGGCGCCGCAUGGGGCGACGUGGAUCAGGCUGGCGUGAAGCACGGUCUGGCCACUGUCGGGGGGACCGUCGCAGAUACGGGAGUCGGCGGGUUGACGUUGGGUGGUGGCUACGGAUGGCUCUCGGGCCAGAAGGGAUUAGCGAUCGAUAACCUCGUCGAGUGCACGAUCGUGCUUGCGACAGGGGAGAUCAAGAAGGCCAGCGAGCAGGAAAACCCGGACCUGUUCUGGGCGCUGCAAGGGGCGGGACAGAAUUUUGGAGUGGUGACCGAGUUCGUUCUCAAAGCAUACGAUCAAGGCGAUGUCUUUGCCGGGAUGCUCAUAUAUCCACCUACGCCGGAGAUAAUUGAGAAGGUGGUCGCCGCCACGAACGACCUGUACACUCCGGACGCGAACGGGAAGACCAAAGUCGCCGGUCGAGGCGCUGGUGGCAUCGCCUUUGCUCGACCCCCGCCCGCCGAGGGCAAGGUCAUGCUGAUGGCCGUCAUCAUCUACUUUGGCACCGAGGCCGAGGCCAAGGAGAAGUACAAGGCGCUGUACGACAUCGGCCCCGUGGUGGACACGACAGCCAUGGUGUCCUAUCCGGUCAUCAACACUAUUCUUGCGCCGCCGAUUGGCCUGCGAGCGAGCAUGAAGGGCACGUCGUUUACGAUGCCGAUUCGGGCCGGCUUCGUCGAGGACGUCCUGCGCGAGUACACAAAGUUCACCGAUGGCAACGACGACACGGGCAUCAGCCUCGUGCUCUGGGAGGUCUACGACCCCAACCAGGUCGUCGCGCACGACGAGGUGGGCAGCUUCGCCAACCGCGGCUGGCACCUCAACGGCAUGAUCUGCCCCAUUUGGACGAAGCAGGAACACGACCAGGCCUGUCGCCAGUGGGCCAGGGACAUGACCGCGCUGUUCAAGACCGAGCUCGAGGCCCAGGCCAAGACGACCGGGACGGGCGUUGACGGCGGUGUCGGUCUGAGGGGGAAGAAAGGAGCUACAAUGCUUUAUGGAAAUUACGACCAAUACGACGAGAAAUCCCGCGACAUCUUCGGCGAGAACUACCCGCGCCUGCAGCAGCUCAAGGCCCGCUACGACCCGACCAACAUGUUCAACAAGCUCUUUGGUGUUACGCCGCUGGCGUGA